UCAGCGCGUGGCCCUCGGCCUUCUUGCGUCGAUCAGGGGGAUGGAGCUCUUGCGGCGGUCGUCGGACAGCGAGUUCUGUGGGCCACCACCAAGCGGGUGAAGGACAUGACUGCGUCGAUGCUGAGAACCUUGACCGUGCUCGGAAGUGCAUCGUCGAGAAGGGGCUCCGUUUCGGGCGGCGUCCUCCGGCCUGCGCCCCAGAGGCGGAAGGAGGCUCGGGGGAGGCAGCGGGCCGCGGCAGGGUCUGCGACGGCCCCUGAUCGAUUUCUGCAGGACAGCGCCGCGGACUAGAAGUCCCGGGACAUGGGCGCGAUCUGCGACACAUCUUUGACCGGGCAGGCCAGCGCGGCCAUUCGGUCAAGCGCGGCAGCCUCGCCACCGCCAUCAAGCAGCACUUCUUCGCCAAAUGCCAGCAGGGGUGCGGGCCCAGUGUGGGCCGCGCUGUUUUCUUCGGCUACCUCCUGCUCCACUCCUCGAAAUGCAAGCUUGAGAGAGACCGCUUCGGCGACGUCGAGCGGGCGCUGGCCCGUGGGGCCAAGAGGGCCCACGAGGUCGUGGAGGGCCCGCCGCCGCGGGAGGUGCUCCUCGACAUGGGCGUCUGGAUGCUGGGCCAUGGCCGCAAGCGCCGCCUGCUUCGCGUUGCAGAUGGGCGAUGACGAGAGGCCUUCGGAGAGCUUCGACUUCGCGUUGGGCAACAUGCUCGCGCAGGUGGCAGGCGUGCGUGGCGCGGCCAUGCGCGAUUGGGGCGUCGUCUUCGCCGCUGCGGAGAUGGGUUUCGUUGCCGAGACCGGCCAUGUCGACGACUCCGUGGCGCUGGGAAGCCCUUCCGGGACAUUGGCUCCAGAGGUGGCGGAGGCGCUCGUCAGGCGAGCCUCCGAAGGCGGGCCAGGAAGCAGACGAGCUCAGGCCGCCGACCCCGCCGCGCGGCCCUUCGACUCGCUGACCCUGGUUCAGUGCGAGCGCGACUUGAAGGCAGCCUACAGGGCCUUGGGCUAUGACGAGCUCAACAUCACACCGUGCGCGGUGCGGCACGCGGUCCCUUCUCGCGACAUCCACCAUGGACACCGCAACUUAUCGGUUGGAGCCAGGCCAGAUCGGAAGGAUGAUUACCUCGGUCCGUAGUUUUCCAGUUGAUUUGUUGAAGUACAUUCGUGGACGUUGGUUGGUUUCGCCCGCCCUCGGAUCACCCAAAACAUGGUCGAUCUGAGCUCCAUUUCUUUCGUGACGUCGUUUAAGAGUACCCAUAUGGGAAUCCGUACGGGCAGAGACCGAGCUAGGUGAGAGUGUUUUUUUCAGGACGAAGUCUUGUGUGGCACUGAUUCUUCGGACGAGUGAUAUUGGCUGGACAGUCUGGUCAUCGUGAACAUGUG